GAUUAAGUAAUUGUAUAAUUUCACAAUGCCUACUAAAAUAAUAAACAAUUCUUCAAUUUUAAAAUAUCAAGCGGUGCUUUGAGAUUUUCCAAAUACUGUUAAAACGAGUGCCUUUUAUUAUGUCUCGCUUCGCAGAUUAUUACCCACCCUCGUCAACUUCAGCGUCAUCGCGUGGGGAUUCGCCGUGGUCUCGCAAUUCACGUACAACUUCUUCAAUCUCCACUGCCCCAACAUCGUUGGCAGCAUCUACAGAGAGACGUAGUGUAUCUUUCAAAGAACCUUAUAAAUAUGGAAGAUAUUAUGAAGAACCUGAAGAUGACACCGAAGAUUCUUUAAUCGAACGCGAAAACGAACUCAGAAACCGGUGGGAAAGAGAAACGCCUCAUUACUAUCAUCAUCAUGAAUCAUUGUCUCCAAGAGAUACCUCUAUUCUUCCCGCUCAUAGCCACACACCGAAAUCUACGAGAGAGAGUAAUUCGUGGACUCCCAAUUCAACACAAGACUCAACCAUUUACUUGCAGUUCGAAUGUAGCGAGGAUAUCGAGGUCUACCUAGAGGAGCUUUCUCGUUUAAAAAGACUCGGGAGGUGCUAUGAUGCCAAACAAUAUUUCGAGUCUUGCUCUACCUAUUGUGGCGAUCAUCCAGAUUUCAUCAUUGAAUAUGUUGACAUCUUGUUGUCGCAAGGCGCAUGUAAGGAUGUUCUCGAGCUUAUCACGACCGAGAAUCGUCCAAUCUUGACCAAAGAUUGUGGUCAAAUCUACCAUCACUACCUACAUUCCGCAUUUUGUGCAGCAAAAGCUGUUACUUUAGGGUGGUCUGACGAGGCAGUUCUGCAAUGGGGACAAGCAAAAUCAGAGCUGAUUUCGGAAUUAAAGCGAGACUUUACUAAGUUGAGUUCAAUUCAGAUUCGAUUCCUCUGUCAUUUGUUAUAUCUAGAAACUCCCUAUGAGCUAUCAAUGAGUUCAUCGUAUCUAACCCCCAUGGUUGAAUCCAUCACUGUAUUUGAAUGGCGCGAGUUAUAUUCGCAUCUUUUAUUGACGAACAGAGUUUGGGAUAUGCGAGAUAUAUUUUAUCAUCUACUAGGUUCAUUGACUGUGAAGCAAGUGGUAGGGAUGUUUUUUGACACAAAGAUGAGUCUAGACCAUUCUAUCAAUACAUUCGCGACGCAGUGGGCUCAAGAGCACGAUGAAUCCACAAAUCUUGCCAUUCUUGAUGUAUUGGCUACGCUGUUGCUUCGAGGGAUUCCAGAAGAGGGACUCCUUGACAAAGCAGACCGACAAUGGAUUGAUCUAUGCAUGAUCCAUAGCCGAAAUAUUGCAACUUCGAUCAGGGAGAACUAUCCUGCAAGCAUUAAGUCUAGCCCUUACUUACGAUGGAUUCUAGCUGAAGUAAGAUGGGCCGAUGUAUCCGUAGAAAGCCAAGAAUCAUCGCGCUGGUCGUAUCUUGACGAUUCCCCUGGACUAUUAUAUUUCGAUGGCCGUCUUCCUAUUUAUGUGCCUUUUGCGUCAGAAAAUCCAGGUUGGAGAAUUCCACCUCUCUCAGAGCAUACAAUUGAGUUAUUGAUACUCGGACUGAAUACUGCACGAGAUCUUGGUCAUUAUUAUUUGGAAGUCCUCUAUCUGGAAGAGCUUGUGUGCAGGUCAAACGUUCCAGAAAUUUAUCUUGCAGAUUUGAAAAAUUUGCAAAAGAAUGUAAUCGGGAAUGAUUCCGGUUAUCUCAGUGCAUGUUUGGCUCAAUAUCUGUUAGGAGCAGAUCAAGAUUCCCAGAAAGAUCUUAGUAAUGAAUUGUGUGAGAUCGAUAGACAAGACGAUUCUACAAAUAGAGGAAAUCCCAUCUUAAAAUGGGCCCAGAGACAGAUUCAACAGGCAAUAUCUCGUUCCCUGGGUAGCCCCCAAGCACAACAAGAUCUAUACUCAUGGAUGGAAAGGUCGGCAUAUCAUCAAAUUCCUGAACAAUACCGCGACCAGCUUCAGCGCUUUCACCCAGUUUCACAUAACAUGAAUUACUAUCGAGGAGAAAAUAACAUCGCGAAAUACGUCGUAGAAGGUAGAGCCCCGAUAUCAUACAGUUACAAAGUCCCACAGACUAGAACGAGCCCGAUUUUAAGGCGAAGGAGCCCAUCACCUCCAAGGCGACCCUAUGCAGAAGUGCCAGAAAGGGCCGGUUCUUCUGCUCUACGGUCGCAUGAGCUGCCUUUUGAGAGAGAAAAGAGGCUUCCUGGAUACACACUUGCCAGUCUUAAGCCCGCACAAAACUCCAGUGACGAUCGGGUCAUCACGGAUCUCUCUGAGCGUUUCCGUGUGCGAAAUCCGAAGAUUACCGGCAGCCGUAUAUUAAAUCGCUAUGAUGAUUCAGAGAAAAAGAACCAGACAUCUUCAUUAUCUCAUGAGCGAAAUGAGCUUUCUUCGGAACAAGCGAAAGAAAUAUCUGCUUCAAUGAAGGUCGACAACAGAGCCGGAACUCGAAGUAUAGAGUCAGAAAGUAGGAGUGAAUUGUCAACCAGAGUUGCUAAAAGUAAAGGGAUAGAAAAGCACGAUAAUAUCGUUGGUGAACCUUCAAGGACACAGGAAGUAAACUAUAAUAGCCCACAGGCAGAUCGUACUAAGGGCCCGAGAGCUCAAUACUUUGAUGAUGAUGAGACUAAGAAAGACCCCAAGCAUAAAUACGCGAAUAGCCACAGCUCAGAUGACUCUGAGUAAGAACUCACUUUGAGACAUGGAUGGUGAGGGGAAGUGGUAUGGCUAUACUGUUCGGUAGUGUUUUAAGAUAGAGAGAAAUGAAUGGUGACAGCACUGAGCUUUAGUGAAAGACCAAGGAGAAGAAAAAAAAACUUAUGGAGACUGUGAUGGCAUAUGAGAAACGGGAAUGGGCAGCGGUCAACAAAGACCGAGCCUUUCAUAAUUAAAUAUGGUCGGCCA